AUGAUAUCGGAAUUUAGCCCGCCUCUUGGCGACGUCACUGGUAUUGUGCUUUCAGAAACCACGAUACUAGAACUCCCCUCCUGCGUUUCGUCUGAGGGGAGGAUAGACUUGCGUGACGUCGCUUUUGAGAGACGAAGUGAUAGCGGAACAGCAGCGUACUUCACGCCGGAGCUCUUGUAUCUUUUGAGAAACGGUAUCGUCCCUGAACGCGAACCUGUAUCCACGGCGGUCGGUCCUCCGGUUGAAGACACAUGUAAUUCCGAAGAAAUUGGUUCUUUCAUGUCAGAAGACGCGUCGGGACAGCUGUUUCCAGGCAAUCCGGAGACAACCAGGGGUUCGUCGACGAAGCUGAGCUCGCAUGACGAUAAGAUUGUCUACACGAAUGGGAGGCUAGUUAUAAUACGCGACCUUAAGGAUCCCGCGAAAACGGCUUCGUACUCGGGUCAUGUGCAACCAGCCACCGUCGCUCGUAUCUCCCCUUCCGGUUAUUAUUGUGCAUCUGGAGACGCCAGUGGCUUGGUUAAGAUAUGGGAUACUGUCGGAGAUGAACAGAUCCUGAAGAACGAGGUAAAAUCCAUAUCAGGAAGAAUCAAUGACCUCUCGUGGGAUGGAGAAAGCAAAAGGAUCAUUGCUGUAGGAGACGGAAAGGGGAGUGUGUUCAUGAUGGACACUGGAAGUUCCGCGGGGGAAGUCAGCGGCCACUCGAAGGCUGUGAAUGCGACGUCAAUACGCAACCAACGCCCUUUCCGAGCGGUUUCCGGUGCCGAUGACGGCAGUAUCGUAUUUUACCAAGGCACACCAUACAAAUUCGCCAAGGCUAUCAAUACACACACUCGCUUUGUGCAUGAUGUCAGAUACGCUCCUUCGGGUGACGUCUUUGGUAGUGUGGGUGCAGACAGUAAAGUAUUCCUUUAUGAUGGCAAGACUGGAGACACCGUGGCGGAGUUGCCGGACGCCCAUAAAGGCAGCGUCAUGGCACUUGGAUGGAGCCCGGAUAGCAGGUCAUUCAUUACAUCGUCCGCCGACUGCACGGUUAAACUUUGGGAUGUUGAAACGCAAAAGCGUGUUACUGUUUGGACACUGGGGACUGGUGUUGAUCAUCAGCAAGUCGGAAAUACCUGGGCUGGCGUUGAGAAUCUCGUCAGUCUGUCUAUGAGUGGUCAUCUCAAUGUCUUCGACCGUCGAAUUGGAGACAAGCCCAGUCGCGUCCUUUAUGGCCAUCAAAAGACCAUAACUUCCGGAACUUUAAGUCGUGAUCACACACUAUUUGCUGGUGCAUACGAUGGGCGCGUUCUUGCCUACGGAGGUUCUGCAGCGGAUGGUCCACAGCCUGUUGGUGGGCGGAGUCACGAGGGUCAGAUCGUGGCUUUAGCUUCAGAUGGAGAUCGUGUCUUCUCAGUUGGCUUUGAUGAUAAAUUGCGUGAACUUGACCCCCACAAACCUGGAUUCGCGGAUACCGCGGCGUCUCUAGGAUCUCAGCCCCGAUCACUAAGCGUUUCCGGAUCGGAAACUGUUUUCAUCGCUACACUUUCCGGCAUCGAUGUUUUUGAAGGCGGGAGGAUAAACCCACAAAAGACCGAUUUCGACCCAACUGUCGUCGCAUCCACAGCCAAUGGCUUGGUCGCUGUAGGAAGCCAGGAUUCAAAGGUUCGACUUUUGAGUUGGGAAGGUAACAGAUUGGUGGAGCUUGCCCAGUUAGAGGGAAGUAAGGGGCAGGUGACAGCACUGGCGUUUUCACCUGAUGGAUCAUUACUAGUUGGGGGCGACACUACGGGAAAAGUUACGCUUUUUGACGUUGCAACACGGAAGCUCAUUACGGGCCGCUGGACAUUCCACUCAGGUCGGAUCAAUUCUCUUGCCUGGACCCCGGAUAGCAAACACAUCGCUUCGGGCUCGCUUGACACUCACAUAUACAUCUGGAGUAUUGAUAAUCCCUCCAAAAACAUUGCGCUGAAGAACGUCGUUCCGGGAGGCGUCUCGCUUGUCGCGUGGUUGGACGAUACGUCAUUGGUUGCAGGAGGAGCCGAUGCAUGCAUUCGGAAUUUUCCAUCACAUUCCACAAAUGAGCUUCGCGAUUGCGCGAUAAUGUUGUAUGUUCAAAUAAAAAGGGCAUGA